CUCUGGGACCCGGACCCUGAGCAACAGCCGCGCCCCUGCGCCCCUGCGCCCGCCGCGCGCGACCCCGGGCCGGCUGCACGCUCCCAGAGGCGCGGUUGCGCCCCCGCCCCCGCCGAGCCGCGGCGCGCACACCCGGGCCGGAGCGCGCCCCCGGCACGCAGGCACCGCUGCGCUUCGAGCGCUCAGACCUCGGCCGCCGCUGGCAGAGGAGACCAACUCCCGCGCGCCCGCCGGCAUGCGCCUCGGCUAGCGGCUCCCAGUUCCCGCGACCACCGCGCGUCCUGCUUCCGAUUAUUCCCGUCCCCCUCUCAGUCUCUCUGCUGGCUCUAACUCUCUCACUCUCUCGCUCUCUCUUUCAGACACACUCACACACGCAUACACAUAAAAUCCCACGCCAAUCUAUACACUGGAGGAAAAAACAUUUCCUUCGCGCCCCCUCCCUCUCCAGCGCCAGAAGCUGAGCAGCCGCGUGGUGGGGGCCCCCGGACCGUCUGGAAAUGCUAAUCCUAAAGCGCUUCCUCGCUUGUAUCCAGCUCCUCUGUGUUUGCCGCCUGGAUUGGGCUUAUGGAUACUACAGACAACAAAGAAAACUUGUUGAAGAGAUUGGCUGGUCCUAUACAGGAGCCCUGAAUCAAAAAAACUGGGGCAAGAAAUAUCCAACAUGUAGUAGCCCCAAACAGUCUCCUAUCAAUAUUGAUGAAGAUCUUACCCAAGUCAAUGUGAAUCUUAAGAAACUUAAAUUUCAGGGUUGGGAUAAAACGUCUUUGGAAAACACAUUCAUUCAUAACACUGGGAAAACAGUGGAAAUUAAUCUCACUAAUGACUACCGUCUCAGUGGAGGAGUUUCAGAAGUGGUGUUCAAAGCAAGCAAGAUAACUUUCCACUGGGGAAAAUGCAAUAUGUCUUCUGAAGGAUCAGAACAUAGUUUAGAAGGACAAAAAUUUCCACUUGAGAUGCAAAUCUACUGCUUUGAUGCGGACCGCUUUUCAAGUUUUGAAGAAGCAGUAAAAGGAAGAGGGAAGUUAAGAGCUUUAUCCAUUUUAUUUGAGGUUGGAGUAGAAGAAAAUUUGGAUUACAGAGCAAUUAUCGAUGGAGUCGAGAGUGUUAGUCGUUUUGGGAAACAGGCUGCAUUAGAUCCCUUCAUACUGCUGAACCUUCUGCCCAACUCAACUGACAAGUAUUACACUUACAAUGGCUCAUUGACAUCUCCUCCCUGCACAGACACUGUUGACUGGAUUAUUUUUAAAGAUACAGUUAGCAUCUCUGAAAGCCAGUUGGCUGUUUUUUGUGAAGUUCUUACAAUGCAACAGUCUGGUUAUGUCAUGCUGAUGGACUACUUACAAAAUAAUUUUCGAGAACAGCAAUACAAAUUCUCUAGGCAGGUGUUUUCCUCAUAUACUGGAAAGGAAGAGAUUCAUGAAGCAGUUUGUAGUUCAGAACCAGAAAAUGUUCAAGCUGACCCGGAGAAUUAUACCAGCCUUCUUGUUACGUGGGAGAGACCUCGGGUAGUUUAUGAUACCAUGAUUGAGAAAUUUGCAGUUCUGUACCAGCAGUUAGAGGGAGAAGACCAAACCAAGCAUGAAUUUUUGACAGAUGGCUAUCAAGACUUGGGUGCUAUUCUCAAUAAUUUACUCCCCAACAUGAGUUAUGUGCUUCAGAUAGUAGCCAUCUGCACUAACGGCUUAUACGGAAAGUACAGUGACCAGCUUAUCGUUGACAUGCCUUCUGAUGACCCGGAACUUGACCUCUUUCCUGAAUUAAUUGGAACUGAAGAAAUAGUCAAGGAGGAAGAAGAGGGAAAAGACACUGGAGAAGACACUGUUGUGAAUCCUGGUAGAGACAGUGCCACAAACCAAAUAAGGAGAAAGGAACCCCAGGUUCCUACUACAACAAACUACAAUCACGUAGGGACUAAAUACAAUGAGGCCAAGACGCACCGAUCCCCAACAAGAGGAAGUGAAUUCUCUGGGAAGGGCGAUGUUCCCAACACAUCUUUAGAUUCCACUUCCCAAACAGUCACUGAAUUAGCCCCCCAAAAAGAUGUUGCUUUGACUUCGCGGACUGUGACUAACAUGCCACCUCACACUCUGAAAGGCACCGCAGCCUCUUUAAAUGACAGCUCUAAAACUAUUCCCCGAUCCCCACGGAUGAACUUGACUGGGACUGUGGAAUCUUUAAAUACAGUUUCUAUAGCGGAAUCUCAAGAGGAAUCUACCGAUAUCAGUGAGGACGAGAGUCUAUUGACGGGUUUCAAGCUGGAUACGGCAGCUGACGAUUCUUCGGGCUCCAGUCCGGCAACAACUUCUAUGCCGUUCAUCUCUGAGGAUGUAUCCCACAGGUACGUGUUUUCUUCAGAAAACCCAGAGGCAAUCCCAUAUGAUGUCCUUCUACCAGAAUCUACUAGAAAUGCUUCUGAAGAGUCAGCUGCAUCGGGUUCGGAAGACUCUCUGAAGGAUCCUUCCAUUGAUGGAAACGUGUGGUUUGCCAGCACUGCAGAUACGGUAACACAACCCGAUGCUGGAUCCGGCAGGGAGAGCCUUCUCCAGACUGACUACACCGAGAUACAUACCGAUGAAUCUGAGAAGACAGCUGAGUCUUCAACUCCAGGCCCGCUGGUGUCACACGGCCCCCCGGUCACGGAUCUGGACAUGCCGCCUUAUUCCACCUUUGCCUACUUCCCGACCGAGGUAACACCUCAUGCCUUUACUCCGUCCUCCGGACAGCAGGACUCGGUCCCCACUGUCAACAUGGUACACUCGCAGACAACUCAACCGGUGUACAAUGGUGAGACUCCUCUUCAACCUUUCUACAGUAGUGACGUCUUUCCUCUAGUCACCCCUUUGUUGCUUGACAAUCAGAUCCUCAACACUAUCCCUGCUGCUUCAAGUAGUGAUUCGGCCUUGCAUGCUACGCCUGUAUUUCCCAGUGUCGGUGUGUCAUUUGAAUCCAUCCUGUCUUCCUAUGAUGGUGCACCUUUGCUUCCAUUUUCCUCUGCUUCCUUCAGUAGUGAAUUGUUUCACCAUCUGUAUACGGUUUCUCAGAUCCUUCCACAAGCUACUUCAGAUGUUGAGAGUGAUAAGCUGUCCCUGCAUGCUUCUCUGCCAGUGGCUGGGGGUGAUUUGCUAUUAGAGGCCAGCCUUGCUCGAUACUCUGAUGUGACGUCACAUCAGCCCACUACUCACGCUGCUCCAGAGACGCUGGAAUCUGGUGGUGGUGAAUCUGGUGUCCUUUAUAAAACGCUUAUGCUUUCUCAAGUCGAACCACCCAGCAGUGAUGUCAUGCUGCAUGCACGUUCUUCAGGGCCUGAAGCUUCCUAUGCCUUAUCUAGUAAUGGGGGCUCCCAGCACUUCUUCACUGUUCCCUACAGUCCUGCAGCCCCCGUGCAUGGUUCUGUGGGUGUAUCUCCUCCGGCUCCCUUGUUUAGCAGUCCUAGCCACACUCCGGGGCCUCCGGGGCCUCCGUCUUCGUUCCUAACCCCGACCGCAUCUUUGCCGCCGCCUCCUCCAGGCCUCUCUGGGGAUGGGGAGUGGUCCGGAGCCUCCUCUGAUAGUGAAUUUCUUUUACCUGACACAGAUGGUCUGACAGCCCUUAACAUGUCUUCACCUGUUUCUGUAGCUGAAUUUACAUAUACAACAUCUGUGUUUGGUGAUGAGAAUAAGCCGCUUUCUAAAAGUGACGUAAUAUAUGGAAAUGAGACCGAGCUGCAAAUUUCUUCUUUCAGUGAGAUGGUUUACCAUUCGGAAAGCGCAGUCCUGCCCGCCCUGUACGAUACUGUAAAUAAGUUGAACGCGUCUUUACAAGAAUCCCCCGUUUCCUUUUCUAGCACAAAGGGCAUGCUUCCAGGGUCUCUCGCUCCUCCUGCCACUAAGGUUUUUGAUCAUGACGUUAGUCAAGCUCCAGAGAUUUCAGUUCAGCCUACACAUGCCGUGUCUCAAGCGUUCGGCGACACUUCGCUUAAACCCGUGCUUAGCGCGAGCUCAGAGCCAGCCUCCUCUGACCCUGCUUUUAGUGAAAUGUUAGCUCCUUCAACUCAGCUCUUUUACGAGCCCUCCGCUUCUUUUAAUACCGAAGUAUUGCUGCAGCCCUCCCUUCAGGCUUCUGAGAUUGACACGCUGCUUAAAACUGCUCUUCCACCCGUGCCUCGCGAGCCAAUAUCGGCUGAGACCCCCAAGGUUGAUCCCAUUAGUUCUACAAUAUUGCAUCUCCUGGCCUCAAACUCUGCUUCGAGUGAAAACACGCCGCCCGCUGCAUCUGUACCAGUUGUCGAUGUGUCGCCUGCUUCUAACGUGCACGCUGCUUCACUUCAAGGUUUAACCAUUUCUUACGCAAGUGAGAAAUACUUUGAACCCAUUUUGCUUAAAAGCGGAAGUUCCCAGCAAGUGGUACCUUCACUGCACAGUAAUGAUGAGUUGCUCCCAACUGCCAGUUUGGAGAUAAACCAGGCCUUUCCCCCGAAGGGGAGGCAUGCAUUUGCUACUCCUGUUUUAUCGAUAGAUGUGCCACCAAAUACACUUAUAAAUAAGCUCGUAUAUUCCGAUGAAGCUUCCGCCUCCACCAAAGGGUCUCUCACUGAUGAGGGGUUUGCUGGUAUCCCAGCAGGUGCUUCUGAUACCCCUGUAACUGCCGAUCAUUCUGUUCCUCUAGGAAGUGUGUAUGUUUCUGUUUCAGCGGCUUCUCCCGACAAAGAUGGCUCUGUCCCCACAACUAAGUUGCUGUUUCCUUCUCAGACAACUCCUGAGCUGAUUCAGAGUGCCAGAUCUGAUGCUGAUUUAGUGGGUGGUGGUGACGAUGGUGAUGUUGGUGAUUAUGAUGAUGAUUAUGAUGACAGAGAUAGGGAUGGCUUAUCCAUAAAUAAGUGUAUGUCACGCUCCUCCUAUAGAGAAUCACAGGAAAAGGUAACGAAUGAUUCGGACGCCCAAGAGAACAAUCUUGUGCAUCAGAAUAACCCAACCUCAUAUUCACCAUCUGAAAAUCCUGAAGAAGAAAAUCAAGGCACAGGUGUCCUAUCAGCCAGUCAGACCGACACGGACGGAAGUCCCGAUAAAGCAACACAGGCACGUGUGCCACCCCAAAAGCCCAGUGAUGGGAAACAGCAUGAUGACGUUCAGACUGGUAAUGCCCUGCUUCCUUUCACUCCCGAUUCCGAAGCAUGGGCAGUGGUUGCAAGUGAUGAAGAGAGUGGAUCAGGGCAAGCUCUAUUAGAUAACCUGAACGAUAACGAGACUUCCACAGAUUUCAGUUUUCCAGACAUUAACGAAAGAGAUGUUGAUGGCGUCCUGGAAGCCGCUGACUCAGAGAUCACCCCAGGGGCCCCACAGUCCUCAACAUCGACUGUUACUAGCAGGCACUCAGACGCAGUCAACAUUGCAGAGGCAGAGGCCAGUAAUAGUAGCCAUGAGUCUCGUAUUGGUCUAGCUGAGGGGCUGGAAUCCGAGAAGAAGGCAGUUAUACCCCUUGCGAUCGUGUCAGCCCUGACUUUUAUCUGUCUAGUGGUUCUUGUGGGUAUUCUCAUCUACUGGAGGAAAUGCUUCCAGACUGCACACUUUUAUUUAGAGGACAGCACAUCCCCUCGAGUCAUAUCCACACCUCCAACACCUGUCUUUCCAAUUUCAGAUGAUGUUGGAGCAAUUCCAAUAAAACACUUUUCAAAACAUGUUGCAGACUUACAUGCAAGUAGUGGGUUUACUGAAGAAUUUGAGACACUGAAAGAGUUUUACCAGGAAGUGCAGAGCUGUACUGUUGACUUAGGUAUUACAGCAGACAGCUCCAAUCACCCCGAGAAUAAGCCCAAGAACCGGUACAUAAAUAUCGUUGCCUAUGAUCAUAGUAGGGUUAAGCUUGCACAACUUGCUGAGAAAGAUGGCAAACUGACAGAUUACAUCAAUGCCAAUUAUGUUGAUGGCUACAAUAGACCAAAAGCUUACAUUGCUGCCCAAGGCCCACUGAAAUCCACAGCCGAAGAUUUCUGGAGAAUGAUAUGGGAGCAUAACGUGGAAGUUAUCGUCAUGAUAACAAACCUCGUGGAGAAAGGAAGGAGAAAAUGUGACCAGUACUGGCCUGCUGAUGGUAGUGAAGAGUACGGGAACUUUCUGGUCACUCAGAAGAGUGUUCAAAUGCUUGCCUAUUAUACUGUGAGGAGUUUUACUUUAAGAAACACAAAGAUAAAAAAGGGCUCGCAGAAAGGAAGGCCGAGCGGGCGUGUGGUUACACAGUACCACUACACGCAGUGGCCCGACAUGGGCGUGCCUGAGUUCUCACUGCCGGUGCUGACCUUUGUGCGAAAGGCGGCCCACGCCAAGCGCCACGCUGUGGGGCCUGUUGUUGUCCACUGCAGCGCCGGGGUUGGAAGAACAGGCACAUACAUUGUGCUUGACAGUAUGUUGCAGCAAAUUCAACAGGAAGGAACUGUCAACGUAUUUGGCUUCUUAAAACACAUUCGUUCACAAAGAAAUUAUUUGGUGCAAACCGAGGAACAGUAUGUUUUCAUUCAUGAUGCUCUGGUUGAAGCCAUACUUAGUAAAGAGACUGAGGUGCCAGACAGCCACAUUCAUGCCUAUGUCAACGCGCUCCUCAUUCCUGGACAAACAGGCAAAACGAAGCUAGAGAAACAAUUCAAGCUCCUGAGUCAAUCAAAUAUACAACAGAGUGACUAUUCUACAGCCCUAAAGCAAUGCAACAGGGAAAAGAACAGAACUUCUUCCAUCAUCCCUGUGGAAAGAUCAAGGGUUGGCAUUUCAUCUCUGAGUGGGGAAGGCACAGACUACAUCAAUGCCUCCUAUAUCAUGGGUUACUAUCAGAGCAAUGAAUUCAUCAUCACCCAGCAUCCUCUCCUCCAUACCAUCAAGGAUUUCUGGAGGAUGAUAUGGGACCAUAACGCCCAGCUGGUAGUUAUGCUUCCUGAUGGUCAAAACAUGGCAGAAGAUGAGUUUGUUUACUGGCCCAACAAAGAUGAGCCUAUAAACUGUGAGAGUUUUAAGGUCACUCUUAUGGCUGAAGAACACAAAUGUCUGUCUAAUGAAGAAAAGCUUAUAAUUCAAGAUUUUAUCUUAGAAGCUACCCAGGAUGAUUAUGUACUUGAAGUGAGGCAUUUUCAGUGCCCCAAAUGGCCAAAUCCAGAUAGCCCCAUUAGUAAGACUUUUGAACUUAUAAGUAUUAUCAAAGAGGAAGCUGCCAACAGGGACGGGCCUGUGAUUGUUCACGAUGAGCAUGGAGGAGUGAUGGCAGGAACUUUCUGUGCUCUGACCACCCUUAUGCACCAACUAGAAAAAGAAAAUUCCAUGGAUGUUUACCAGGUAGCCAAGAUGAUCAAUUUGAUGAGGCCAGGAGUCUUUGCUGACAUUGAGCAGUAUCAGUUUCUCUACAAAGCGGUCCUCAGUCUUGUGAGCACGAGGCAGGAAGAGAAUCCAUCCACCUCUCUGGACAGUAAUGGCGCAGCAUUGCCCGAUGGAAAUAUAGCCGAGAGCUUAGAGUCUUUAGUUUAGCACAGAGAGGGGUGAGGGCAAUCCAUACCUGAGCAUUGUUUUCCUCUUUCUAAGACUAGGCAGGAAAAUCACCUCAGUCCUCUGUUAUCUGUUUACUUUCCAUCACCUGACAGUAACUUCCAUGACAUAGGAUUCUGCUGCCAAAUUUACACCAUUAACAACGUGUGCCUUUCUGCAACACUUCUUGUCAUUCACUUAUUGUGUUUAAACUAAAAUGGUUGAGUUUUACAGUAUUUCUAAGAAUGGAAUUGUGGGGUUUUUUUCGUAUUGAUUUUAACAGAAAAUUUCAAUUUAUAGAUAUUAGGAACUCCCAACUACAGAAAACAUGUUUGUUUUUAGUGUCAAAUUUUAGCUGUAUUUGUAGCAAUCAUUGGGUUUGCUAGAAAUAUAACUUUUAAUAUAGUAGAUUGUAAAUAAAACACUCCAUUUCCUCUGAUAUUCCAUGUUUUACAACUGCAGUAUUCACCUAAAGUAGAAAUAAUCUGAUACUUACUGUAAAUACUGCUCUAGUGUCUCCAUGGACCAAAUUUAUAUUUAUAAUUGUAGAUUUUUAUAUUUUACUACUGAGUCAGUUUUCUAGUUCUGUGUAAUUGUUCAGUAUAAUGAUGUAAUUCAUUUAUCUGGUUUUACUCCUACAAGUCUCCUGAUAUCCUUUCAUGUUAUCUCAGUAAUUAACUCUGUUUUAGCAUGUAACUUUAACUUUUCUGGAAAAUAGAAAUACAUCUGUUUUGAAAGAAGAUGUUUUUAUGAGAAUAACACCUUACCCAACAUUGUUUAAAUGGUUUUUAUCCAAGGCAUUGCAAAAAUAAAUAUAAAUAUUGCUAUCGA